GGUGACUCAAUAUUUCCCUCCACAUCUCUCAUUGCUGGCUAAGUCUCAGAAAACAUCACGAAGAGAAUUCUUGGUGGGGUGGAAAAAGUGAAACAUAACCGUUACAGUUCAAUGUGUAACGGACUCAGAGAUGAUCAAAUCAAUACGCUACAGAAAACAUUCAUCAAGACGGAUGUAGGGCGCGGGCCGAUAGUUCUUCCGCGUUCUAGUCCCGAGGAGGCAUUCAAAGUAGCCUCACGCGUGAGGCUGUGAAGUUAGAGACAUCUUUGUGCAAUGCAUUUCGAUCACAAUACAUCAAAUACCGUCCCACAAUGUCUACCCCAACGAAUCCGCGCGGGCUAUCGCUUUAUGCGAAUCUUCUUGAUCCAGAUUCUUCCGCGCCAGGAACAAUAUCCAAAGGUCCUGUUGUCUUCAAGAAUGCUGAAGCUGCAGAAGACAGCUCGGCCAAGAAGCCACAAAUAGAUCCUGCUGCGCUCCGUUUCCAGCCUACGAAGAGACCACAAUUGUCGCAAAAGCCCAAACCAAAAUCUACCUUUCCAAAGCAGCCCCUUUCAGACAACUCGAAUCAGAGGAGUGUCCCGCCGCAAGCUACACCUACUGUAAAUAUUGCACGACCAGCUGCGAAGACUACCCUCGCGGAUUGGACAGGUGGAGACGACGAGGACGUGAAUGGAUUCUAUGCGGGAGAAAAGAGGCAACGAGGUGGCCGGAAGAAGAGAAAGAACAAGCACAGGGAAGAGCAUGUUGCUGUGCAAGAUUGGGAUGAUAUCUAUGACCCAGCACGGCCAAACAGCUAUGAGGAGUAUAAGAACAGUGACGAGAAGAUAAGAGAGGUUAGGGAAUGGAAGGACAGACUAUAUGCCCAUAGAAUGGCCAGAAAGUCACCUAGUGAGAAGGAUAGCGACGAAGAAGACUUUCGUCCUCAGAUGGGGCAAUUUGCACCACCAGGGCAGUUUGCACCACCUUCCAGCUACUCCUUUGCACCUCCUCCUAUGGACUCUCCGCCGAAAGCUCAACUCGAGAACGAUUCUCCUAGGAUACUGGAAGAUAUACCACCACCUCCUCCGCCACUUGAUAAUCUACCACCGCCCUCUGCGCCCUCACAACCUGUCCCAGAAGCAUCAAUAUCUCGUGCUCCAGUGCGCUACAACCUCCCGCCAGCACCAAGCGAUAUCCCUAGUUCAGAAGCAGAACUAGAGAAAGCACUGGCUGAAGAAGACGAUGAAGAUGACGAAGCUGCCGAGGAAACUCCACGAUCACUUCGACCUGGUCAGAAAGGCUUCGCUGAACGGCUUAUGUCGAAAUAUGGAUGGAGCAAAGGCAAAGGUCUGGGUGCUGAUGGGUCUGGUAUCGUCAAUCCACUCCGAGUACAGCUUGAGAAGCGAAAGAAAAAGUCAGAUGCAGAGGGAGGUGGGUUCAGAGAUCCUGGUGGUCGUGGUAAGAUCAUUGGUGGGAAGAAGAACGUACCAGAAAAGGAGUCGGAUACUGGCAAGUUUGGACCUAUGUCGGAAGUCAUUGUGCUUCGAGGCAUGGUUGAUGGCAUGAAUCUUGACGAGGAAGUCGAGGGCGAUGGCGAUGGUGGUAUCAUGCAAGAAAUUGGGGACGAAUGUGCUGAAAAAUAUGGGCGAGUUGAAAGAGUCUAUAUUGAUCGACAUGGAGCUGCUCCAAAGGUUUUCGUCAAAUUUACCAGUCAGCUGUCAGCUUUGAGGGCUGUGAAUGCUCUCGAAGGACGAAUAUUCAAUGGGAAUACCAUAUCUGCACUCUUCUACGAGGCGGAGAGAUUUGAGCAGGGAGUCUACGAGUAAUAGUUUCUGUAGCUCGAAAAAUUUACAUCGUUUUACGGACACUGCCAGUUGCUACAUAUAUCUUUUGCUACUUCGCCUC